CUGUUAUGAAAUCCGACGGGUGAUACAAAAACACGUGUUCUUUACUACUUUGUCAAAAAAAGUUGCACAUUAGAAGCAGUGAUUUAAUGUCAUAAAGCUUUCCCGUGUUAUAUUUAAAAACGUAAAAAUUCGUUAUCAUAUAUUAAGAGAAUUAUUUGGAAAAAUAUGUACAUUUAUGCCGAUGAAUAAAGGGAAAGUGAUUGUGCAGCAGAGCGGCCAUUUUAUGUUAGUAUGACGUAGAGGCUGGGUGUAGCUUCGCGUUCAACCGUCCGUUCCUUGGAAAACGCGAGAAAACGAACAUUCUGAUGCUGGGGUCGAGAUAGAUGCACUUCGAGCCCACUGGAGGUGUAAAUUGUAUAUUAAGUCGACACAACGUAAGAAAAGUAGUAAUAUAAGAAAGUAAGUUCCCCAAUAGAGCGAGCAUGAGCGAGGAAAGUAAUCCACGAACGCUGUACGUGGGAAAUCUAGACGCUUCGGUGUCGGAGGACCUUUUGUGUGCACUUUUUUCUCAAAUUGGUGCGGUUAAGGGAUGUAAAAUAAUACGGGAGCCAGGAAACGAUCCUUAUGCUUUUGUUGAAUUCACGAACCAUCAAUGCGCGGCUACGGCACUAGCCGCCAUGAACAAGCGAUCAUUUCUGGAUAAGGAGAUGAAGGUUAACUGGGCGACAAGCCCUGGAAAUCAACCAAAGUUGGACACAAGUAAUCAUCACCACAUAUUCGUGGGUGAUCUCUCUCCGGAAAUCGAAACGGAAACAUUAAAAGAAGCGUUCGCCCCGUUUGGUGAAAUCAGCAACUGCAGGAUCGUACGUGAUCCGACUACAAUGAAGAGUAAAGGAUACGCAUUUGUAUCCUUUGUGAAAAAGUCUGAAGCAGAGGCAGCGAUAGCAGCUAUGAAUGGCCAGUGGCUUGGCUCACGAUGCAUUAGGACAAAUUGGUCUACUAGAAAGCCUCCACCUCCAAGAUCAGAAAGGCCACGACACUCAAACAAUAGUAAACCUAAUUAUGAAGAGGUAUAUAACCAAAGUAGUCCGACCAAUUGUACGGUAUAUUGUGGAGGUUUUACAAAUGGAGUUACAGACGAGUUAAUAACGAAAACGUUUUCACCAUUUGGUACCAUUCAAGACAUAAGAGUAUUCAAGGAUAAAGGUUAUGCUUUUAUCAAGUUUACAACUAAGGAAGCAGCAACACAUGCCAUAGAAUCUACACAUAAUACAGAAAUCAGUGGUAGCAUUGUCAAAUGCUUUUGGGGAAAAGAAAAUGGUGAUCCUAAUAGUGUGGGUCCUAAUGCCAAUCAUCAAGCUCAACAGGUUACUACUGGAGCUGGUCAAUAUGCAUAUGGAUAUGGACAACAAAUGGGCUAUUGGUACCCACAGGGUUAUCCACAAAUGCAAGGACAAUUUCUCCAACCAGCUCAAUAUUAUAGCCAAUAUUACGGACAACAGUAUAUGAACAGUAUGAGAAUGCCUGCCCCUGGUGCUGGUACAUGGCAGCCUGCACAAGCAACUGCUGCACCACCGACUGCAACUGCCCCAUUGCCACCUGGUCAACAACCGACAAUGCAGAAACAGAAGAAGGACAUAGUAUGGCACCUUGACUGCGAUAAGUGAUAUCGAACGAAAAGAAGCCAAUUUCAAGAACUUCUCUAUGAAUAAAAUAAUAAUAAUCAGUGGAAUCGAAGGAAGACGUAAAAAAAGUGUUAUAUAAAAAGUAAUUUAGGUACAGCAGGGUGAUUAACCCUCGGAGAUGCUUAGGAUAAUGUUAUCUUAUAAUAAAAACAAAUUGUCCUUUGAAUGAAAAAAAGGAAUAAAUAUUUAAAAUACACGACAUUCUGUAUUCUUUUGUAACCUACAUUAUUAAAACAUAUUUUAAUCGUA